CGCAAAAACAGAGAGAAAGAUGAUAGUUGAACAGUUUUAUACAAAUGUAUUUAUUUAUUUAAAGCAUGAGAGCGUGAGAGAGGGCUAGCUAUAUAUAUAUAUUGGGUUUUUUUCACUUUCAAUUUGCUAGCGAUUGCAGCUAGCUAGCCUACUCAGAAGCCAGGCUCAAACAGAUGCUAUGUUACCUAGCUGGCUAUGGAUAUGCAAGACUGGAACUCUUCCAAGUUGAGCCCAGUUGGGGGCGGUAAUGCAAUAUAUUGGAUGCCAACCUCCGUUUAACCCCAAAGAAGAAGAAGAAGAAGAAGACAAAGAAGAAAAAGAAAACGACCAGGAAAAGGCGCAUGCGUGAAGAAGGGAACGAUGGUGGACAGGUAGGCAACGCAUCAAGCUUGAUGAUAUCUAUCGACUAGCGAUCGAUUUCCAACAGUUCACUAGAACUAAUAGAUCGUAUAUCACUUAUUUGCAGCUACUAGCAUUGUAGCUAGCUUCCGUAGAACGAAGCCCUGGAACAUACAAAAAUGCCGAACAUUAAGAUAUUCAGCGGUAGCUCGCAUCGGGAACUGUCUCACAAAAUUGCUGACCGUCUUGGGAUGGAACUCGGGAAGGUUGUCACCAAGAAAUUCAGCAAUCAAGAAACAUGUGUUGAGAUCGGGGAGAGUGUCCGUGGAGAGGAUGUCUACAUCGUACAGAGCGGCUGUGGGGAGAUCAAUGAUAAUCUGAUGGAGCUGCUGAUUAUGAUCAAUGCGUGUAAGAUCGCCUCAGCCUCCCGGGUCACAGCCGUCAUCCCCUGCUUCCCCUACGCACGGCAGGACAAGAAGGACAAGGUGGGGAGUCGAGCGCCCAUCUCAGCCAAGCUGGUGGCUAACAUGCUGUCUGUGUCUGGGGCUGAUCACAUCAUCACUAUGGACCUCCACGCCUCACAGAUCCAGGGUUUCUUCGACAUCCCGGUGGAUAACCUGUAUGCUGAGCCUGCUGUACUGAAGUGGAUCAAGGAGAACAUCGCAGAGUGGAAGACCUGCACUAUCGUCUCUCCAGACGCAGGGGGAGCCAAGAGAGUGACUUCCAUAGCGGACAGGCUCAAUGUGGACUUUGCUCUGAUCCACAAAGAGAGAAAGAAGGCCAAUGAGGUGGAUCGCAUGGUGCUGGUCGGGGACGUCACGGACCGGGUGGCCAUCUUGGUGGAUGACAUGGCAGACACCUGUGGUACUAUCUGUCACGCGGCUGACAAGCUGAUCUCAGCUGGUGCUACCAAGGUGUAUGCCAUCCUGACCCACGGUAUCUUCUCUGGCCCGGCCAUCUCCCGGAUCAACAACGCCUGCUUCGAGGCCGUGGUCGUCACCAACACUAUCCCUCAGGAGGAGAAGAUGAAGACCUGUCCUAAGAUACAGGUGAUUGACAUCUCUAUGAUCUUGGCAGAGGCCAUCCGCAGGACCCACAACGGAGAAUCUGUCUCCUACCUCUUCAGCCACGUCCCCUUGUAACAUCACACACUGAGUCACCUGGGGGCACUGUUCAGUAGGGGACAACAGAACAUUCAGAACAGACACGGCCAUAUCUCAUGCCGAAUAGGGACUUUGGGGAACAGAUAUGAUCAUCUUUCAGGUAGACUAAGGAAAGCAGAGUAGGCUCUUCAGUUCUAUGCCCAGUAUUCUGGAAUGUUUCUCAUCAGUGAAUAGAAUCCAGCCCUACUAUUCUGUUACACCAGAAAGAGGAGGAGAGGGGAUGUCCUAUACAAACACCAGUGUUGGGCUCGAUUCCAUUUCAAUUCCAGUCAAUUCAAGAAGUACACUGACUAGAGGUUGACUGAUUAUGAUUUUUCAACGCCGAUACCGAUUAUUGGAGAACCAAAAAAGCUGAUAAUCGGCCGAUUUUAUUAGGGGGGGAAAAUGUUUUAUGUAUCUAUAUAUCACACACACACAUUUUUGUAAUAAUGACAAUUGCAACAAUACUGAAUGAACACUUUUAUUUUAACUUGAUACAUAAAUACACACACAGACAGCUCUGAAGUGACAAUGAUACUGAAGAGUCUGCUUAGGAGACAAAUACUCUCAACUGUUUGAAUAAAAAUAGAGUUUAAGUUACCUGUGAUGAAUGUUGAAAACAAAAACUUAAAUUUCUAUAUGGAGGAAAUCCUAUUUUAAUAAUGGACAUGGUAAGAAUUGACAACCAAAGUGCGAGUCAUAAUUCCCAUGACACCUUCUAGCAAAAUCUGAAAAGCGGUUCCUUCAUUUAUUCCAUAGGAUAUUUUUAGAUUCACUUAAAUAAGGUCUGUUUCAUGUAGGCUCACACCACCGUGCCAAUUUUAUAACUGUAGAUCUCCAUAGGACAAGGUAACUGAUCAAUAUCGGCUAAAUAUAAGCAAAGAUUAAAAAAAAUUGUAGGGUGGAUUUCUGAAAAAUAUGUUGACAAACGUUACCUUAUCCUAUUGAGAUUUACAGGGGUGUCAAAGCGCAGGGGCGGUUUAAGCCUGCACGAAACAAUGACCUUAUUUGAAGUAGAUCAAGACAUUAUCUAUGGAAGACUUGAAGGGUAAAAUAACGAAGGAAGUCUUAACAGACUUGCCUAGUUAAAUAAAUAUGAAAUAAAGGUGUAAAAAAUAAUAAUAAUAAUCGGCAAAUCGGUGCCCAGAAAUAUCUAUUUCCGAUUGCUAUGAAAACUAGAAAUCGGCCCCGAUUUAUCGGCCAUUCCGAUUAAUAUGUCGACCUCUAACACUGACAUUCCAAUUCUUUUCAAUCAGGAAAUUUUGGAAUUGGAUUUGGAAUUAGGUUUACUUUCUGAAUUGAGGUUUAAAUUGAAUUGACCCCAACUGGGAGAAACACCCCCAUUUAUAUUAGCAUCGCUCUGCUGCUAUUGCUAACUAACCACAUAAUAAUUAGGAUGAAUGUUUAUUAAUAAUGAUGACAUGUUCAUUUUGAGUCCCUCUCACCCGUAAACAGUGUUUGCAUCCCAAAUGGAGCCUUUUUCCUACAUAGAGAACUUAUUUUGACUUGUGCCCUAUGGGCCCUGGUCAAAAGUAGUGCACUGCAUGGAAUAGGGUGCCAUAUGGGACAUGUCUAUCAGGGACAAAAGAGGUCAGUGUUGAUUAUUGUGAGUGGGUGAACUCACCUAAUGCCAACAGUUGUUCAUAAUAAUGCUGUUACAAUACUUCUGUUACAAAAAGAGCGCCAGAGACAGUUGGAUGCUGACUGACUUCAGGUAUUUUAUUAUUUAGUUUUUCUUUUUGAUUCGGUUGAAAGAUGAGACUCAAUGUGUUAAGUGAAUGAGUUAUAGUUGACAGUGCCACUGAUGUUCAUCUGGGUGAUUCAUAAGUCUUUUUAAAGGGGCAAUCUAGGAUCGGUACUUCUCAUUUUUGGACAUAAUGGUAAAUAGCCCACCGAUUCUUGAAGAUUUUAACUUAUAAAUUCCUCCUCCAUGAUCUUCAUGAUCUGCAUCCCUAGCUCUGUCUGGGAAUUUGAGAGUGGGCACAUAACUCCAACCCCAUCCCUCACCUGUUGACCUAAACAAGUAUGGAGGGGGGGGGGCUUUUCUAAUUGCGGAUUGCCCCUCUUAAGACUAUUAGGAAUUGUUCUUUCAGUGGGUGCAGGGGAGGCAGGUUUUGCUCUUCGAGGUUGCUGUCUAGAAGCUGUUGGUUUUUAACUCUGCAGGAUGGAGCUUCCUAGAAAAGUCUCUGCUAUUUUUAUUUACUUAAUUUCUUUCAAUAACAUUUGUAUAAUAAACUCUUGAAAGAGUG